AUGUCGUCCUCCUCCACGUUCCCCCUUGCGCCCUUCCUUACACUCGUCGCUUGUCCUCGCGCUCGUUCUCUUGUCUUCCCUCUAUCCCGGCCUUCCCCACCCCUCCGCCUGCUCAUUCUCCCCUCUUCUGCCCUUCAACUCUGCCCCCUUCUUUCCCUGCCACGCCUUCUCCCGUCCCUCGCCCCGUUUAUGCCAGACCCAAACCACGUGCACCCGCAUUCUCACUUCCCGCUCUCCUCUCCACCCCCCCCCCUCCCCCCCCCCCACUCCGCAUCCCCUUCCCACUCCGCGCGGCCGCCCGCCACAGCUACCCCAAUCCACGUUUCCCCUCCCACUGUUGCGCAAUUUGAUAGAGGCACACGCACAGUGGGGGCGUCGGUGGCGGCGGCGACGGGGCCACGGCAGUGGUGGCAGAGAGGAAAUGAUCUAGCCCGGCCCCUCCCACUGUCGCGCCCUCCCCCUGCCCGUCGCGUCGGCCCCCCCUCCCCUUCCCCUGCCCGUCGUGUCGCCUCCUCUUCCCCUGCCCGUCGCGUCGCCUCCCCUCCUCCUGCCCGUCGCGUUCGCCUCCCCUUCCCCUGCCCGUCGCGUCGCCUCCCUUCCCCCUGCCCGUCGCAUCGCCUCCCCUCCUCCUGCCCGUCGCGUUCGCUUCCCCUUCCCCCGCCCGUCGCGUCGCCUCCCCUCCUCCUGCCCGUCGCGUUCGCCUCCCCUUCCCCUGCCCCUCGCGUCGCCUCCCCUCCUCCUGCCCGUCGCGUUCGCCUCCCGUUCCCCUGCCCGUCGCGUCGCCUCCCUUCCCCCUGCCCGUCGCGUCGCCCUCCCCUCCCCGCCCCGUCCCACCGUCGACAACCUCCUCCCCCCCGCUGUCCUACCGUCGCACCCUCCUCCCCGCCCUCUCCUAACGUCGUGCGCCCUCCCCCCGAGCCCACCGUGCCCUCGCCCUCACCUAGGCUAGCGCCUCCGCGUUAG